AAAUGAGUGGUCAGAAGAUCGGCAUCGUGGGCAGUGGCCUCAUUGGGCGUGCCUGGGCAAUGUUAUUUGCCGCAGCCGGCUAUAGAGUGCAACUUUAUGACAUACUGGAGACACAAGUCGCCACAGCACUCGUUGAAGUACAGAAAGAGUUGCAAAGUCUGGAGGCAAAGGGCACACUGCGUGGCAAGUUGUCAGCUAAAGCACAAUUCGAGCUGAUCAGUGGCACAAAUGAAUUGAAGCAGCUGGUGGAGAGUGCCACACACAUACAGGAGUGUGUACCAGAGCAGUUGGAACUGAAACGUGGCCUCUAUGCCCAGCUGGAUGAGCUGCUGGAGCCGCAGACCAUCGUAGCCAGCUCGACGAGCACCUUUAUGCCUUCCCUCUACAGCGAGGGACUGAAACGUCGCUCUCAGAUGCUUGUGGCACAUCCUCUCAACCCGCCGUACUUCAUACCGCUGGUGGAGCUGGUUCCAGCUCCUUGGACCUCCAAGGAAUCUGUGGAGCGCACUCGUCAGCUGAUGCUGAGCUUGGGGCAACGUCCGGUGGUGUUGCAACGUGAGAUUCAGGGCUUUGCCACAAAUCGCAUACAGUAUGCGAUACUCAACGAGGUGUGGCGUCUGGUGGCAGGUGGCAUCAUCAGUGUGGCGGAUGCGGAUCGAGUGCUCAGUGAUGGCCUGGGCAUGCGCUAUGCCCUGAUGGGAUCCCUGGAGACGGCACACUUGAAUGCACCCGGCGGCGUGUCGGAUUACAUUCAACGCUUUGGCGGCGAGAUCGCCACAGUGAGCGCCAGCUAUGGUGCCACACCGGAUAUGUGCGGCGAGGGCGAGACGCUGGCAGAGAUUGCGCGUCAGUGCGAGGAGCUUGUGCCACUGGAGGCAUUGCCACAGCGGCGUGCCACACGCGACGAGUUCCUAACUCGCCUAUCGACGCUUAAGCGUCAGUUUCCAUAAAAUUGAUUGCAGAAAUUCUAUUUUGUAUUUGCAUGUGCCAUUUGUGUUGAUUAAACUUGUGGGUGGAGUGGGUUUCUACCCCCUUUCCUUCCCUUUUGACAACCCCAACUCGUUGCGUAAUUGCAGAGUCCGCUUUCAAUUCAUUUCACUGGCCAUGCAUUAAUGAAAUUAAUUUUUGUGGCUACCGGAAACUCCGACAUCGCCAUUGCCAACGUCAGCGUCAACGUGUUGAAGUACAACGUGUCACAUUUCCGCUUUGGCAUUGAGUCGACAUUUCUCUUGCCUUUUGGCUUUUCCAUUUUCAUUUCAGUUUCGACACUUGACCUGCUCUAAACGCAAUCAGCUUUAACUCAUUUUCCCACUCGACACUUAAAUGAAUGAACUAAA